UGGUGGACGCAUGCGCAGUGCCUCAGACUGGCACUGUGCAAGGACAUAAGGAGAGUGACAUUUGUGUAACGUUAAAAACAGAUUCAUAUUCUUUCUAAAUCACACAGAAGUUUGCGUCAGUCAGAUUUGGAUACACUCUCGCAUCUCUGAACAGUGAGCUGACGCUCUACAGCAUUUAAUCUGAUUCUCUGAGGACAGCAAGGUUUUGAAGGACUGCAGUUGCACUGUGAAUGAGUGAGUAACCAAAGGCAGCAGUGGAUGGGAGAGUUCACGUUUCCUCCUAUUUGAGUAGCUUGAUGAUGUCAUCUUUCUGAGAGUCCAUCGAGGUUGCCUCAGCACCCUGACUUGAAUGGCUGUGUGCAGAGGGGGUGUCUCUCUUUGGGUGGGGUGUGUCAGGAACCAUGGCGGCAGGCAACCAAUGACGAAACAGUGCUGGAAUUUAUGUCAGACAACCGAGUUUCACUUAAAUGACAACUGUAGGACCCUGAGCAGUGCAUCAUGGGCCUUGGCUCCUCCAAACAGUCUACGAUAUCUGUCUAUUAAACCACCAUCCUUGUCCCAUCCUUUCCACCAUGCAUGCCAGCCAAACCGAGCGGCCAGCCUAGAGGAGGAGGAUUGGGAGGAGGCUGUCAGCUUGUGCGUCCUGCUCAAACCCGGUGAGACCAAUGAGCAGCACACUGUGGUGGAAGUGCCCUUUGUUGGGCCGGCCAAACUAAGUGAGCUCCUUGCCUUGGGACCCAUCAGACCCUUUGACUUGCUUUUUCCUUUAACCACUGUUGAUGGGAGCAGAGAGGAUGAUAUUAGCAUUACCGGAAAGGUAGGGACAGACACGGAGAGAGGUUCCUUUAGGAGUCUCUUUGAGACCGAGGGAUGCCCUGCGCCGUUUAUGUUGGGAUCUCGCUUCUUUUGCUUUCACUGCCCCGGGAUGAAGUCUGUCUCUGAGAAUGGGGACAAAUCAGGAAAGGAACAGGAUGAGCAGAGCUUCUAUCCAGCCCUCCAUGUCACACAUUGCAGCCAUGCUGAGACUGAGAGAGUGGACAACAGUUCUAGCCAGAGAGACAUGGAGAAUGAAGAGAAACUGGCCCUGAUGUAUGAAAAGCUGAGGGUGGAGCUGCCCAGUUUCUUUGUGAAAAAUCAUGACUACAGCAUAUACUCUGAAGAUGUUGAGUUCAUCAAUGGUCUUCUGAACACAAAGACAAGGGGUCGUGUAGUGUACCAGCUGACUCUGACGGUUUGGCGAUUGAUGUGUCUGUGUUACUAUGCGGAUGCUCAGCUGGAAGUGCUGAAGCUGACCAAGCAUCCAGAAGAUGGCUCCAUCAAAGCUCGCUGGAGAGUCAAAGGCCUCCCCUUCCACUCCAUUCUGGUAUUCUUCUACAAGAAAGACAAGAGCCAUCUCUAUAGAACAUAUGAUGCAUUCUCCACCUUCUAUGUUGGCUCUGAUGGACGAAUACACCGCCAUAAAGUUGAAAAGGUUAUGGAGGCUCGUCCCCCCUUGCUGCCCAAAGUGACCUCAGUGCUGGCCGGGGCUCUGGUGGCCCUGGGCAUUCAGGAACACCGGCCUGCCCUCAACCUGCUCCCACUCAUACUGUCUUCCCUCCGACAGGCCCGAGCCUGAGCCAGAUGUAUGGAUGUGUAUGCUCAGAAGAACUUGUGUUUGGUCACACCAUUAAAAAGACGCAGCGCUGUAUUGUGUGGGUUGAGUGAAUGAGAUAUUGGUAACCGUUUCUUUAGGGGGGAAAUAUUUGCAGGAACAAGAACAAACAAGUUAAAACUGUUCUCACUUGAAACAAUCUUCUGUGUGCGCUCUUUUCCAUUAUUACUUUCCACCAAACUGAUAUCGGUUACCUCUACACUCUGGUUUGGAUUGUAACAGGUUUCAGAGCCUAGCUAAUAUAUACUCCACUAGCCAGUCAUUUGAGCCAUCACUAACUAGGAGGUUAAAAACGCACAACUCUUAACGGAUGACCCAUUACAUUACUGUGUAAGUAAAUUCAAGGCCAUUUGUAAAUAUAUUCAGGCAGCUCUGCUCAGACUGAGGCUGUAAAGCUGUACGGCUUUUAAGCACAUGCCAGAUAAAAGGGUUGAUGAAGUUCUUCUCACAUUGACAGUAAUAAAUCAGUGGUGGUUGUCUAAUAGGAAUCGGUCACGGUAAGUAUUGACCGGCUUACAUUGUAAUAAUUAAUUAUAUAUUUUUUGUAUUUAUAUAUUCAUUGGAGUUUUCAUCAGUUGCAUUGAUUUAAAUGUUGUAGAGAAUGGUACCUGUUUGCAGAUGUUUCAUUUAGUAGCAGAAUUCAAUGAAAGUCUUCAGGGUUGCUACCUUUUUCAUGACCUUUAAGGGAAAGUGAUGCCAGGGACUGCCUUUUGAGGGUAGAGUUUAGUUGUUCUGGACUUGUUCUUGUUUGCCCUUACCUUUCUUAUUUGCAUCACUUUCAAUGCGCAAAUCAAAUUGUAUAAGUUAAUAAGUUCCCUGCAUAAUAACAUUGCCAAAUCUGCACUGGUCUUACUUACAAAGUCAUGCCGUCCAUAUAAAUUAAAGCACUCUUUCAAAUUUUUUUUCAAACUCCAUCCUUAAUGCAUAACCCACAUACAUUAUUAAGGAUAGAGUUUUGCAGAUGCAAAAUUUUUCUCAAGGUCAAUUGGUCGGUUCAACUUAGUAAUGUCCAUUUUUCUUUCAUUGGUUCAAUAUUUGACUUUCAGUGCGUUUUGGGUGAUAACACACACUGUUCACCUACUUAAAGUGUAAUGUUUUAAAUUGCUUUAAUAUCCCGUGGUAAAGACAUAGACCAAACACUUUAAUAGACUUCCUGUGUCACAAAGUAGUCAGAACACAUCUUUCUCAAGUGCUUGCGCUUUUAAAUGGACAAUAAAGCAUGAAACGUUAUCACUCUGCAAUCUGUGCAAUUCAGUUUCAAAGGUUGAAACAUAACCAUAAAAACAUGGCUGAGUCAUUGUUCUGUGAUUAGUUCUGCGCUAAUUACCCAAAAACCUCAAUAUGUUGUAAGACAAAUAAAAUGCAUAUUGACAUUGA